GAUUUAGAUAACUAACAAUUGAAUAAUAUUAAUGUCUUCUAACUCCAAAUUCGUAUUGCACGUGCAUUUUUUCUUCAGAUCCUCCAGGUUUGCCAACAAUGCGUUUGGACAGUACAACAGGAAAAGUAAUUGAUAGCCCGCUGACAUUUGUGGUUCAGCGUCCGUUCACUCUUGCAUGCAGUGCUUUUUCUAAUCCUCCGGCUAACUACACUUGGACAGGAGGAGUGCACGUUGCCCAAAACCAGCUACUACUUGACACGCUAUCUGCCAAGGUUAACACCACGAGGACAUGUACUGCAAGGAGUACUCUUAACCCUUCAGCUGGAGCAGCCACUAUGUGGUCGUCUUCAGCUACUGUCACAAUAGAAAUAAACUAUCCCCCUGAAAGUGUAAGCAUCAGGCACGAAUCAGAAUCAGGAACUGUUAUUCAGUCCGAGUUCAGAGUCAUCGAAGGAAAUGCGACCAGACUUUUCUGCAGUGUACAGAGUCAGCCGGUUUCUUCAUUUUCAUGGUCUGGAGCAGGCUUCCAUUCGCGUGGUAGUUAUUUGGUACACAGCAAAACUCUCCGAUCACAGACUGGUGUACUAUCGUGCUUGGCGGAAAAUAAUAUGACGCAUGGAUAUCAUGUUGUUAAAGGAUCGGCUUCUGGAAAUAUUUCUUUAAAUGUUCUUUAUCCUCCAAAGCUUCAGGCUUUACCCAGGAAAAAUGCUUUAGAGGGAAAUGGGAUUUUGAUCCAGUGUUCGUACACUGUCGGGAAUCCGAUGACAACGAAGUCAAUGAUCACCAGAACAACUGACGGCCAACGUUGGAGUGGAGCCUCUCAUACAUUCCAGUCAAUCAACCGCACAGAUGCCGGUCUUUACAGAUGUACAGUCGAGAACUCCAUGGAUCCUACUGGAGCAGAGAUGCGGGCAGGGAGUGACACAGCAGACUUUGAGAUUAACGUUUGGUACAAACCAUCAAUUUCCAGAUUUGAAGUCAGCGCCUUUCCAAAUCAAAACAUCGUUACCAUUAAUGAGUCGGAGCGACUAAGUAUCGUAUGUGAGGUUACAAGCAAUCCUAAUUCAACGAUCAGAUUAAAACAAACACACAUGACAAUAGCCUUAAUGGAAAGAGAUAAUGUUCUCGGAUUAGAGUACGCAAUUCAAAAUGCUUCAUGCUCUGAUGCUGCUGUUUACACAUGUGCAGCCUUUAACAACUACACAGAUAUGGAAAGAGCGUCAUCUAAAGAUAUGCAGUUGUUUGUGAGAUGCUCUCCUAGACCAUCCGACAGUCAUGCACAUUUGAGACGAAAUUUCACUGGAACCGUACACGGAAAUGUCACUUUAUCAUUUAUGGCUGUUGCAUAUCCACCGCCGAUGUUUGAAUGGCAGAAGUGGAAUGGAACAUCGUAUAAUCGAGUUAUUGGUGAAACAUAUAAUAUUACAUCAUCAGAUCUGUUCACAUCAUUGACCGUUUUGGAUAUUCAAGUGGACGAUUUUGUCUCAUAUAUUCUGAAAGUUUCAAAUGGAAUACAACCAUAUUUACGAGAAGUCUUUCACCUAAAUCCUCAAGAUGUGCCACAGUGUCCUACAGACUUUACCCUGCUUUCCAAGUCAACAGGAAUUGCAACAGUUCAGUGGAAAAGAGCGUUUAAUGGAGGACUUCAGCAGACAUUUGUUCUGGUUUACAAGAAGUCUUCUAACUCAAAAUACUUUACUAUUUCUGAGCCAGAAGAUAAAGAAACGGCUAUAUACAAUACUGAACUAUCAUAUUUAGAGGCCGGCCAACUCUACGAUGUUAUCUUAUAUUCACAGAACGUGAUUGGCCCAUGCAGAGAAAAUAGGUCAUUGAAAAUCGAACUGGACGCAGAAGACACACCUCCAGCUCUUGCUCCUGUGAUUGGUGGUGUAGUAGGGGGAGGUCUCGGGGCAGCUGUUGCUGUAGUCGCCAUAGUGUUCAUUCUGAGACGAAAGUACACAUUGAACUGUAGCAUGUCCCUAUCAAAGAAAAAGGAUGUACCUCCAGGUCAAAAUGGCGAUAGUGCUGAUAACCCGGGAUAUGAUGCUGCCGAAAUGUACGAACAAGUGCAAGCGAAAAAAGAGACGCCCGUUUACGAUGAUUUAAAUGAUGGAAACGAUAGACCCGACCAUUCGCAUCUGUACACGCCGUUGGAAGAGUCUAAUCCAAGGUCAAGUAUUCAUUACGAGAAUGUUAAGAGAGAGGAUCCCAUAUACCACAACAUGGUGAUGUAAACCCUGUGCAGGCAGUGCUUCAAGUAGUCAAGAAACUGGAGCUUAUACGAGAGAUCAUCUGCAUUUACCAAGUGUCUAGUUUUGUAACUAGACUUAAAGCGGAAAACGCAUUUUAGCAGGAAUUUCAUUUUGAGAAAUAAGAUUAUGCAACAGGAUGUACGUUUAUAAAGGAAAAGGAAAAUGCUGCAAAGCCAUAUGCACACUGGUCUGACGUAGGUUUUGACCCGAGAUGAUCCGUAUUCACACUUACCCUAAAUCUCAUGCUGAGAAACAUUCUGACUGUUUUAAGAAUGGAUAAACACUGUUAUAUGUAUUAAAGGAAUAUAAAAAACUUCA